AUGCCUCCUGACCCCCUUCAACCAAUCAUCAUGCUGUCUCCAAGGGACCUCCUGGAAGAUGAGCAUAUUUCAACUGCUCAGCUUCUUCCAGCUGAAACCAAUCCUGAAAAAGAAUGGCUUAAAAGACAAAAUGACCGUAGAGAUCAACUGAAUAUCACCUGCCUGAAUAAAACUCUCUCAAGUUCAGAAUGGAGACUGGAGAAUAAGGUUGCCCGACAGCUCUUUGUGGUACAGAGUCUGAGGGUGAUCUACUGCGAAGUACCCAAAGUUGGCUGCUCCAACUGGAAGAAAAUCCUUCUACUCCUCACACUCAACCUUGGCAGAGACCCCUCUGAAGUAGACCAAAUUGAAAUCCACAAAACUAGAUUUCUGAAGAGAUUGAGUUCUUACCCUUCUCAACAGCAAAUGGAGUUCCUGAGCAACUACACUAAGGUGAUGUUCACCAGGCAUCCGCUUGAAAGACUGGUAUCUGCAUACAGGGACAAGCUCCUCCAUAAUGAGCCUUACUUUAGCACUGUAUUGGCAGAUGAAAUCAGGGCCUUGUUCAGGAGGAACAUAAAUUCCACUGAGCGAGUGACUUUCCAGGAAUUUGUAGAGUAUGUUGUGACAAGGAAACACAAGGAUUUGGACAUACACUGGAAGCCAAUGUUUGCACUCUGUGAUCCCUGCAACAUUCAUUAUGACAUUCUGGGAAAGUAUGAGACAUUGGUGCAAGAUGCCAAGCAAGUUCUCAAGAGAAUUGGAGCUCCAGAAAAUCUGUACUACCCAAAUACCAAGAUGUAUAGUUCAGACAAACGGACUAAUGAGAAUAUCACCUGGAAGUACCUGAGGCAAAUCAGCUGGAAAAACAUAGAGAAGCUCAAGGUGCUUUACCAGAUGGAUUUCUCUUUGUUUAACUAUUCUUAA